CUCUUCACCUUCACCGCUCCCCUCUUGACCUUAUCCACUUUGGCAUCACCCCUUUCAGGCAUCACCCCUUUCAGGCAUCAGAAAGAAAAGGAGAUCGACUCUAUGGAUCAGCAACGCACACCGUCCCAUGGUGAACAUGAGGUGGUCCUCACCAUGGAAAAGGACAUGGCUGCCAAUGCACGAUCCCUCAAGGAACGCCGUGGGAUCCAGCGCGCCUUGGGCUUCAAGAACAUCGUGAUCUACGUCCUCAUCUACACCAACCUCUUUCUUGCAUCAAAGCUGUUCUUCGAUUGGUCCUUGGAGCAGAACAAGAGCAAGAACGACGGUGCCCUUUCGGCCUUUGCGACCAAAGCACUAAAGGAAGGCGAGGGCGAGGGCGAGGGCAGCGACGCAUCGACACCUGAAUUCUGGAUUAAGAUGGCGCUCAUCGUAUUACUGGUAUUGAUUGGAGGCAUUUUUGCUGGAUUGACGAUCGGCUUGAUGGGUCUGGACGAGACCAACCUACAAGUUUUGAUGGCCUCAGGAUCCCUCAAGGAGCGGGCUCAUGCCGAAACCGUCCAAAAGCUGUUGGCCCGUGGAAAGCAUUGGGUGCUUGUGACCCUGCUACUGGGAAAUGUCAUCGUGAACGAGACCCUCCCGGUUGUCCUGGAUUCUGAACUUGGCGGAGGAGUUUUCGCUAUCCUAAUCUCUACUCUGCUGAUCGUCGUUUUUGGAGAGAUUAUCCCUCAGGCAGUGUGUGCUCGCUAUGGACUUGCGAUCGGUGCCUACUGCGCCAAGCCCAUGUUGGUGCUCAUGUACCUCAUGUCGCCCGUGGCCUACCCUAUCGCCAAGCUUUUGGACUCUUGGUUGGGUGUCCACCACGGGACGACGUACCGUAGGACUGAGCUCAAGACCCUCGUCUCGCUCCAUCAGAUUGACGGAAUUGGCGAGCUCACAGACGACGAGGUGACGAUUAUUGCCUCAGUUCUCGAUCUUAAGGAAAAGUCCGUCUCCUCCGUCAUGACCCCUCUCGAGGAUGUCUUCACGCUCAGCGAGGAUGCGAUCUUGGACGAACAUUUGAUGGAUGAGAUUGUCUCUGCUGGAUAUUCCCGUAUCCCUAUUUACAGGCACGACGAUACCAGCAACUUUAUUGGCAUGCUGCUCGUCAAGCGCCUGAUCACCUAUGACCCCGCGGACCACAUCCCCGUGCGACAGUUCACCAUUAACUCAUUGCCAGAAGCCGCGCCCAACACCAGCUGUCUCGACAUCUUGAACUUUUUCCAAGAGGGAAGAUCACACAUGGCUAUUGUUACCUCGGAGCCUGGCGGGUUUGGCCACCCUGUGGGUGUGAUUACAUUGGAGGAUGUAAUCGAGGAGCUCUUGGGUGAAGAAAUCGUGGACGAGUCCGAUGUCUAUGUCGAUAUUCACAACAAGAUCAAGGUCAUCCGGAAGCCAUCCAGGAACGUCAAUAUGAUCAAGAACCUGAAGUCUCUGCUCCGAUCCCCCGCGAUCGGUGAGUCAACCCCGCUCUUGGGCAACGCGAAUGGGCGAAAAUCAACAAUGCCAAUCGACAGCAAGUAUAUGGCAAGCGGAAAGACCAUCUUGCAGACCAGAAAGUCCUCAUCGGCGUUGAUUGAUACCACCACUGCCCAUAACACAGCCGUCAACGCCAGCACCACAGCCACCUCUGCUAACAAGGACAUCACGUCUGAAGCGGAUGUGAACAAGACCAAUGGAACGUCCAAGGAUAAUGCAGCGUCCAAGGACAGCGAAGCACCCAAGAACAAUGGGGUGCUCAAGCAUGACGAAGUGCCUGAGGAAGCUGCGCCGCCCAAGGACAAUGGAGUGCCUGAGACGACCGCUGCUGAGCACGCGGAUGGGCAUGCAGUCAACUUCAAAGAGAAUGCCGAGGUCAUCCCCCCGCGUGAAGUCACGACUCCUGCAAACGAGACACAGUCCUUCACUGAGACGCAACUAGCAGUGAAGACACCGCAGGAGGAUAUGAGCCUGGUUAUUGAGAUACCUGAGGCUACAGGCACCUACUCUAUUAACACGCCAUCAGAGAUUAUUGCAGCCGCCAUUGAAUCUGCUCACCUCUCUAAGGAAUCUGCAGCCGCCAUUGAAGCUGCUCAGCUGUCUGAGGAACCUACAGCCGAGGAGACGGAGACUUCUCAGCCUUCUAACCCAAUUUCAGAAUCUGCAUCGACCUCCACUCUUUUGGCCCAGUCUGAGAGCUCGAACACUCCAGGACCCAGCCCCUCCAAGAAAAAAAAGAAAAAGAAAAAGUCCAACAAGUAAAAAGUAAUGCCUUGCAAGACGGGAGCGUAGCUGCAUCAGGACAGA